GGCAAUGUGUCCUCGCAGGACGGGAGGAUAUUCUGCCGGAGGACAGCCUGUGACUGCGAGAACCCCAGCGCUGAUCUCUUCUGCUGCCCGGAGUGCGACACCCGUGUCACCAGCCAGUGCCUCGACCAAACUGGGCACAAGCUCUACCGCAGUGGGGACAACUGGACCUACAGCUGUCAGCAGUGCCGUUGCCUGGAAGGAGAGGUGGAUUGUUGGCCUCUUCUGUGCCCGAAUCUAAACUGCGAGUACACAGCCAUCUCGGAAGGGGAGUGCUGUCCCCACUGUGUCAGUGACCCCUGUCUGGCUGACAACAUCACCUACGACAUCAGGAAAACCUGUCUAGAUGGUUAUGGAAUUACAAGACUUAGCGGCGCUGUAUGGACAAUGGUGGGAUCUCCUUGUACAACCUGCAAAUGCAAGAAUGGGAACGUCUGCUGCUCGGUGGAUUUAGAGUGUCUCAACAAUAACUGACGUAGUCAGACUGGACUGUGCCGAGGGAGGAAAACUGAUGAAGUUAACACCUGAAAUGAAGUCGUAUGCGUUGGCGUUUUAUACAACAGACAAUUACCAAAGUCUCCGCACGAGGAAGAUGUUUGGGAGUUGCCUUUGGGACCUAUCACUAUGCUCAUCCUUGCUAGCCUUGUCUGGGUGACUUACAGUACAGCGCAUAUAAGUCAAUGGUUGUUAAAAGUUUUCAGUGUUGUAAAUGACACACUUUUCCUGUCAAGACAUUUGCAAAUAUGUUUAAAUUAUCUCAUGGGUAAACUGAUGCUGUAUUUUUGUUUUAAUUUGUGUAUUGACCACACGAUAGAAUUCAGCUCUUCUUACUUUGGAUCUAGAUUUUACAAAUAAGACAGCCUGUUGUGAUUUUGUCCCAUGAUAUCACGUACUUAGUUCCAAGGUCCCGGUCAGAUGUAUUUAUGAAAAUAUGUAUGUAUGUACAGUCAAAUUGCAUAGUACUUAUAUUUCACAGC